AUGGGUAAUUAAUAAUUAAGUGAAUCUUAAAAUGAGUUUCUAGAAAAGAAACUGGAUCCUAAUUAUGGAGAAAUAACUAUAUAUAAAAAUAAAGCCAACAACAUGAUAUUUGCAGAAAUUAAAUAAGUUUACUCAAGUGAUUCUUUAGCUUAAGCAAUAAAAGCCAGUUUAGUAAAAAGAUUGCAAUUAAAUCAUAAAUGCUUGAUUAAAAUAUUAUCAUUUGAUAGUGGAAAGAUGGAUGACUUUUGCAGUUCAUUUACUAUCUUAUCAAUAACCUCAGAGUACUUGAAUGAAACCUUAUAAAAUGACAUUCAUAUAAGAAAGGUCCAUAAGACUAUAUAUUCAGAAUAAGAACUAUGCUACAUUCUAUAUGAGAUUUCUAAUCUCUGCCAUUAUAUGAAAACCCUCAAUAACGAAAUAAUCGAUGUUUAUCCACAUAGAAUCCUAAUUGAUGAUAAAAGAUAGAUUAAAUACUAUGAUUAAUUUCUCGAAAACCCAAAACUGAGCAACUACUAUUAGGUUCUCUUUGGCUAAAGAGAUUUAGAAUAUGUAGCUCCUGAAUAGUUGAUUCUCUUAGCUGAAAAAGAUAAAUACGAUAUCAACAAUUAAGAAUUGGUAAAUGUCUUUUGUCUCGGUCUUAUGAUGGUGAGUCUUAUAAGCGGUUAAAGAUGUGUUGAAUUUUACAAUCAAGAAAAAUUGUUGUUUAAAAGAGAUUACGUAAAUCGACUAAUAGAUAAAUAUUGUUCAAGAUACUAGUAUAGUGAUUUCUUUAAAUCCAUCAUUCAGGCAAUGCUCAAAUUACAUAAUGAAGGCAGACCAAAUUAUCAAAGUCUUUUGCAAGUUCUCCAUCCAUAACAGGAUAGCUUUGCCACUUUUUUGAAUCCUAUAGGGAAACAGGGAGAAAUGCUGGAAUCAUAAUUUCAUUCUUUCCGCACCUAAGGCUCAGUAUCUAGGUCACAUAUCUUGUCAAGUGAUCCUGUCGAUUUUAGUGAAAUAGAUAGAAGAAUUCUUUCUGCUAGGUAGAAGGCUUAAAAGACUCUAGAUCAAGUGGGAUUGGAUUUGAAAUUGAGUAAUUUUGGAACUACUUAAAUUAACAUAAUUGAAGCAAGUGAAUGA